UGCUGCAACGAUAAAGAAAUGAAUUCAAAUAUAUUUCUGGGGACAGCGGAGAACGGACUGCGACAUGAUAAAAUUGUUAUACUUGAUGCUGGAGCACAAUAUGGCAAGGUUAUCGAUCGCAAGGUGCGUGAACUGCUAGUUGAAUCGGAUAUACUUCCAUUAGACACUCCGGCGGCAACAAUACGCAACAAUGGCUAUCGUGGCAUUAUAAUAUCCGGUGGACCAAAUUCCGUUUAUGCUGAAGAUGCUCCCACAUAUGAUCCGGAUCUGUUCAAACUGAAGAUACCCAUGCUGGGCAUAUGCUAUGGAAUGCAACUAAUUAAUAAAGAAUUUGGUGGCACCGUUCUUAAGACGGAUAUACGAGAGGAUGGCCAGCAAAACAUUGAGAUUGAGACCUCCUGUCCUUUGUUCAGUCGUCUGAGCCGCACCCAAUCUGUAUUACUAACUCAUGGUGACAGUGUUGAGCGUGUGGGUGAGAAACUCAAAGUGGGCGGUUGGUCAACAAAUCGUAUAGUCACAGCCGUAUAUAAUGAAGUGCUACGCAUCUAUGGCGUACAAUUUCAUCCCGAGGUGGAUCUAACCAUCAAUGGCAAACAGAUGCUAUCGAAUUUCCUAUACGAAAUCUGCGAAUUGACUCCAAAUUUUACCAUGGGUAGUCGAAAAGAUGAGUGCAUACGCUAUAUACAAGAAAAAGUGGGCAGCAACAAAGUCUUGCUUUUAGUCAGCGGUGGAGUGGAUUCCAGUGUAUGUGCAGCUCUAUUGCGCCGUGCUCUGCAUCCUGGUCAAAUAAUUGCUGUGCAUGUAGAUAAUGGUUUCAUGCGGCAGAACGAAAGUGAAAAGGUUGAGCGCUCUUUGCGUGAUAUUGGCAUCGAUUUGAUCGUGCGCAAAGAAGGCUAUACGUUCCUCAAGGGUACCACGCAAGUAAAGAGGCCUGGCCAGUAUUCUGUAGUGGAAACGCCAAUGUUAUGGCAGACUUACAAUCCGGAGGAGAAGCGCAAGAUAAUUGGUGAUAUAUUUGUAAAGGUUACCAAUGAUGUGGUGGCCGAAUUAAAACUUAAGCCCGAGGAGGUCUUACUAGCCCAAGGAACCCUAAGGCCAGAUCUUAUCGAGUCCGCAUCGAACUUGGUUAGCACGAAUGCGGAGACAAUAAAAACGCAUCACAAUGAUACAGAUUUGAUAAGGGAACUACGCAGUGCUGGUCGUGUCGUAGAACCAUUGUGUGACUUUCACAAGGAUGAAGUGCGCGAUUUGGGUAAUGAUUUGGGUCUUCCACCAGAGUUGGUAGAGCGACAACCAUUUCCAGGACCGGGCUUAGCUAUACGUGUCCUAUGUGCCGAGGAGGCAUUUAUGGAGAAAGAUUAUUCAGAAACUCAGGUAAUAAGUCGUGUAAUUGUCGAUUAUAAAAAUAAGCUGCAAAAGAACCAUGCACUGAUCAAUCGUGUGACUGGUGCCACUAGUGAGGCUGAACAAAAAGAGUUAGUACGCAUCUCGACAAACUUACAAAUCCAGGCAACCUUGCUUCCAAUUCGCUCAGUGGGAGUGCAGGGCGACAAACGAACCUAUAGCUAUGUAGUUGGUCUAUCGACGAGACAACAAGAACCGAACUGGCAGGAUUUGUUGUUCUUGGCAAAGAUUAUACCUCGCAUUUUGCAUAAUGUAAAUCGAGUGUGUUACAUUUUUGGUGAACCAGUGCAAUAUCUAGUCACUGAUGUAACGCACACAACUCUUAACACAGUGGUGCUUAGCCAAAUAAGGAAGGCCGAUGCAAUAGCCAACGAGAUUAUCAUGCAAGCAGGCCUGUAUCGUAAAAUAUCACAGAUGCCUGUUGUCCUAAUACCUGUACACUUUGAUCGUGAUCCCAUUAAUCGUACGCCAUCGUGCAGAAGGUCGGUGGUCUUAAGGCCAUUCAUAACAAAUGAUUUUAUGACCGGAGUGCCAGCAGUGCCUGGUUCUGUGCAACUGCCCUUGCAAGUCCUGAAUCAAAUUGUACGCGAUAUAUCCAAAAUGGACGGAAUCUCGAGAGUUUUAUAUGACUUGACAGCCAAGCCGCCGGGCACUACUGAGUGGGAAUGAUGCGUUGAAACCAAAAUUACUCCUACAAAAACAAUAAAUUCAACUACUAAUUCUACAGCCAUUUCAUAGAAAUAGAAAACAAUAUGAUGAGAAGAUUAUUAAGAUGAACAACCAACCAACAAACAAUAAAGCCCUGAUUUGGGUGGAGAAAUAGCCAAAAAGCCUUCGACGAAAUUUGCUGCACCUCAAACCACCACCACGCCCCUUUCUUUUCCUCUCCUCGCCUGAAUGGCUGGCAACGAGCUAAUUGAGUGCCGCUUUUAAAUCGAGAAACAAAAUAUAAGAGAAAUAAUAAUAAAAAAAAUUAACUAUUCAGGUUUAUAAUAUCGAUAAUGAUUUGUAUGUGUGUGGGUGUGCAUGCGUGUUUCUCUGUGUGUGUGUGUGUGUGUGCGUGUACUAAAACUUCAUCAACAAAUGAAGGAAAAGGCAAACAAUUUGCUCUUUAAAUAAAACAAAAAAUGGAUAAAACACUUAUGUAAAUUUAUGCAGUUCUCUCUUUAAUUUUUUUUGUCUUUGUUCCUUUUAUAAAAAGGAAUAUAACCAUAAGACAGAAAGAAAAUAAAAGAUGAAACGAAACAGUUAAAUUACGCAUUUUUUUAGUUAUAUACAUAAACAUACAUAUAUAAAACUUAAAAAAAUAAAACAAAAUCAAAUUGAAAAAAAUUGUACCAUAUUUACAAAACGCUUUCAAAAUAGAAUGAAAGUGACAUAUAAAAAGGAAGAAAAACUAACAUUUAAAAAAGGCAACCAUAAUAUGCAUAUAUACAUACAUACAAGGUAUGUAUAUAAACAUUUAUACAUAUAUUAAAUUUAUGAUAAAUAUGUAAGCUAAAUUUAUGAAUUGUUAUAAUAAUACAAAAAAAACAACAAACAAACGCAAAAACGGAAUGUAAUAAAACGAAACAACAAAAAUA